CGAAUCGCUCGAACGUUUUGUCGUUUUUGUUCCCAAAGCGUGAAAGCUCUUUAUUCCGAAUCGUAUAGUAGCCAGAUACCUACGUUCGUAUACAGCUACGAUCGAUAACACAUGCAUUGAAUGAACAAGGGAAAUCGUUUAUAAGCGUUCUGUCAUUUUUGUUCCGAAAGUGCGAAAGCCGCUUCGAUAUUUCUUGCUGCACAGUACCUAGUCAUAAACGUUGCCAACUUCGUGGCAUGCGAAAUUGAAAAGUACGCAGAGCAAGCGUUUGGUCGUAUGUACGUCUCUGUAUGUUUCCUUCUGCUUGAACUAUUAACAAAACAUAUAAAAGUGUCGUGGGACAAAAUAGCAUGAAAGCAAUGUCUCAUCAUUACGUAGUAACGGCACAUAAGCCGACGGCUGUCACCGCAUGCGUGACAGGUAAUUUCACCUCGCCUACGGAUCUCAACCUGAUCUUAGCAAAAAAUGUUCGAUUAGAAAUUUAUCUCGUUACACCAGAAGGUUUAAGACCACUGAAAGAAGUUGGAAUUUAUGGAAAAAUUGCAGUCGUUAAAUUGUUUAGACCGCCGCACGAAAAGAAAGAUCUUUUGUUUCUCUUAACCACACGUUAUAAUGCUAUGAUUUUGGAAUGUACUGGAGAAGGAGAGGAUAUAGAAAUUAUAACAAAAGCUCAUGGGAAUGUAGCAGAUCGUAUUGGAAAGGCUUCUGAAACAGGAAUUAAAGCUGUGAUAGAUCCCAAAGCACGUGUUAUUGGUCUUCGAUUAUAUGAUGGUCUCUUUAAAAUCAUACCACUUGAUAAGGAUAAUCCAGAAUUAAAAGCAUCGUCUGUACGUAUGGACGAACAGCAAGUUCAAGAUGUGAAUUUUCUUCAUGGAUGUGUUAAUCCUACUUUAAUUCUAAUUCAUCAAGAUAUUAAUGGCAGACAUGUAAAGACUCAUGAAAUUUCUUUGAGAGACAAGGAAUUUGUCAAAAUACCAUGGCGGCAAGAUAACGUAGAGCGUGAAGCUAUGAUGGUCAUCCCUGUACCUUCUCCUAAUUGUGGUGCGAUUAUAAUAGGCCAAGAAAGUAUAUUAUAUCACAAUGGAACUGCGUACGUCGCCGUUGUGCCUCCAAUUAUCAAACAGGGUACAAUUACAUGUUACGCUAAAGUCGAUAAUCAGGGACUUAGAUAUUUAUUAGGAGAUAUGGCCGGGCAUUUGUUUAUGCUGUUCCUAGAGCAAGAAAAAAAAGCAGAUGGUACGCAAGUAGUGAAGGAUUUGAAAGUUGAGCUUUUGGGUGAAAUCAGUAUACCAGAGUGCAUCACAUAUUUAGAUAAUGGAGUAAUAUUUGUUGGUAGCCGUUUAGGUGAUUCGCAGUUAAUUAAAUUAAUUACAAAAGCAGACGAAAACGGUUCGUAUUGUGUUCCGAUGGAAACUUUUACCAACUUGGCACCGAUAGUUGACAUGGCUGUAGUUGACCUUGAAAGACAGGGUCAAGGGCAAAUGGUUACAUGCUCCGGAGCUUUUAAAGAAGGUUCUCUCAGAAUCAUUAGAAAUGGAAUUGGCAUCGAAGAACAUGCGAGCAUAGAUUUACCUGGCAUCAAGGGUAUGUGGGCAUUAAAAGUUGGUGGAGGUAAUUUCGACAACACUCUAGUUUUAUCUUUUGUUGGGCAAACCAGAAUUUUGAUGUUGAACGGAGAAGAAGUUGAAGAAACAGAUAUUCCAGGCUUUGUUGCCGAUGAGCAAACUUUCCACACUGGAAACGUCACAAAUGAUUUAUUUAUUCAGAUAACACCAACAUCAGCAAGAUUGAUAUCACACGAAACAAAGACUGUUAUUUCCGAAUGGGAACCAGAAAAUAAAAGAACAAUCAGCGUAGUCGCUUGCAAUGGUACACAAGUACUUUGCGCUACCGGGAAUGACUUGUUUUAUAUGGAAAUUUUAGAUGGACAGAUUCUACCAAAAGGAUUUGCUACUUUACAGUACGAAGUUGCAUGUCUAGAUAUAUCUCCAUUAGAUGGGCAUACAGAAGCUAUAAUCGCUGCAGUAGGUUUAUGGACGGAUAUUUCUGUUCGUAUACUAACUUUGCCUGCUCUAGAAGAAGUUAAUAAAGAAUUACUUGGAGGCGAAAUUAUACCUAGAUCAAUUCUAAUGACAUGUUUUGAAGGCAAUACAUAUCUUCUUUGCGCUCUUGGAGAUGGCAGUAUGUAUUAUUUCACUCUACACAAACAGAGUGGUAUACUUUCUGAUAAAAAAAAAGUUAUCUUAGGCACGCAACCAACAGUUUUAAGAACAUUCAGGUCACUAUCUACCACUAAUGUUUUCGCAUGUUCUGACAGACCUACUGUGAUUUACUCAUCUAAUCACAAACUAGUGUUCAGCAAUGUUAACUUGAAAGAAGUGAAUCAUAUGUGUUCUUUGAAUGCAGAAUCAUAUCCUGACAGUUUAGCGUUAGCAACUGACAGUACUGUAACAAUAGGAACGAUUGACGAAAUACAAAAACUGCAUAUUCGAACUGUUCCUCUUGGAGAAUCGCCAAGACGAAUCGCUUACCAAGAGAGUUCACAAACAUUUGGGGUAAUAACGAUGCGUGUUGAUAUUCAAGAUAACAGUGGUGUUAGCAUUGUAAGACAUUCUGCAUCCACGCAAGCAGCUUCAACAUCUAGUAAUAGUCACAUUGCAUCGCAUAAUAAGCCCACAGGACAUACAGCUAGCGAUAUUGGCCAAGAAAUUGAAGUACAUAAUUUACUUAUUAUAGAUCAACAUACUUUUGAAGUUUUACAUGCACAUAUGUUGAUGCCUAGCGAGUAUGCAUUGUCAUUAAUAUCGACCAAAUUGGGCGAAGAUCCUACUUCCUAUUAUGUGGUUGGUACUGCAUUCAUUAAUCCAGAUGAAACUGAACCACAAAUGGGUAGAAUACUUCUAUAUCAUUGGAAUGAUGGAAAGCUCACACAAGUUGCUGAAAAAGAGAUUAAAGGGGCAUGUUAUUCUUUAGUUGAAUUUAAUGGAAAACUUCUUUCCAGUAUUAAUAGCACUGUUCGUUUAUUUGAAUGGACAGCGGAGAAAGAACUUAGACUAGAAUGUAGCCAUUUUAAUAACAUUAUCGCGCUAUAUUUGAAAUCAAAAGGAGAUUUCGUUUUAGUUGGAGACCUUAUGAGAUCUUUUACAUUGUUACAAUAUAAAACGAUGGAAGGUAGUUUUGAGGAAAUAGCAAGAGAUUACAAUCCAAAUUGGAUGACUGCUAUCGAAAUUUUAGACGAUGACACUUUCUUGGGUGCUGAAAAUUGCUUCAAUUUGUUUGUAUGCCAGAAGGAUAGUGCUGCGACUUCGGAAGAUGAAAGGCAACAGAUGCAGGAAGUUGGACAAUUUCACUUAGGUGAUAUGGUCAAUGUCUUCCGACACGGGUCUUUAGUGAUGCAAAAUUUAGGUGAAUCAAGUACUCCUACGCAAGGCUGCGUAUUGUUUGGGACUGUUAGUGGUGCAAUUGGUUUAGUUACACAAAUUCCAUUUACAUUUUAUGAAUUUUUACGAAAUCUCGAGGAUAGAUUAACAAACGUGAUUAAAAGUGUUGGUAAAAUAGAACACAACUUUUGGAGAAGUUUUAAUACAGAAUUAAAAAUUGAACAGUGCGAGGGUUUUAUAGACGGAGAUCUAAUUGAAAAUUUUCUCGAUUUGAGCUCUGAUAAAAUGGCAGAAGUUGCAAUGGGCCUUAUGAUUGAUGAUGGUACUGGUACAAAAAAGGAGGCAACGGUAAAUGAUCUUGUAAAAAUUGUGGAAGAUCUUACAAGAAUACAUUAAACGUACACGUUUGGCUAAGAUCUAUAGUUUAUUAUAUUUUGGAGAGUUCAUAGAUGAAUGAAUUGAUAAGAAAAGUUUUUAAAUAUUUGGGACACAAAGUAAAAAAUGUGUAUUUAAUUACCCAUGUAUCAUUAACAGUACAGGAAAGCAAAAAGCUGAAUUUUCCUC